AUGAAGGUUAUAACAAUACUCUCGUUUAUUGGUGGGGCGUCAUCGGCCUUGGCAGUCAGCCUCCGACGACAGUCUGACUGCCCAGCCAUCCACGUUUUUGGCGCACGGGAGACGACCGCACCGCCUGGGUUUGGAUCGUCCCAGUUGGUGGUCAGGAUGAUCACAACAGCAAACAGCGGUGCAACCUCUGAAGCUAUCAUAUACCCGGCCUCGUCGGACCCGUCGUACGCUAUAAGCGUCAGCGCGGGCAUUGAAGCUGUGACCAAGCAGGCAACUGCAUUUCAUCAGCAAUGCCCCGAAUCAAGAAUCGUUAUGGUCGGCUACUCGCAGGGAGCUCAAAUCAUGGAUGACGCUUUCUGCGGUGGGCCCGACGGAACCAGUCUCAAUACAACUAUGUCUCUUGUACCGAAAGAAGUGGGCAACAUGGUGGCAGCGAUCAUCAUGAUGGGGAAUCCUCGCCACGUCGAUGGACUGCCGUUCAAUGUGGGGACUGCAGUCGAAGGGGGAUUUGCUGCACGCCCGGUAGGCUUUCAGUGUCCUGCCUAUGCGAGCAUCAUACAGUCCUAUUGUGAUGCAACGGAUCCAUUUUGCUCAAAAGGUGUCGAUGCAGCAUCGCAUCAGGCUUAUCCGAUGAAGUAUGGACAGCAGGCCUUUCAAUUCGUUCAGAAGAAGCUGAACGCAACUGUUGGCACAUCCGCAUCAAAUAGCACGAGGCCAGCCUCAAGCGAAGGUGUCAAGGUGCACGACAUAGGUUUUACGCAACUCUUAGCCGCUACAAUCCUUGCUCUUUUGUUCAUGGUAUGA